CCAUCCAUCGUUAACUGACUGACAUCAUCAUCAUUGACAAAUUUUUAGAGCAAUUAUCAUCCAUUCUGUCGAUGUAGUGUGUGUUUUAUUUUUUGUUUUUCAUGUUAUAAUUAUUGUUGGCAUCGAAUAAAUUUUACAACACAAUGUUUAACCCGAAAAUUGGCCAUUAAUUAUAAACGAAUCGAAUAACGUUGUUCACUUUAAUCACCAUCUGAUCAUUAGAAGGAAUGGCCGACGAAGGUUCUGAACAGGAUGAUAUAUCAUUCUUACGAACGGAUGAUAUGGUAUGUCUACAACAUGGUGCCACUAAUAAUCGUGUAUGUUUGGCAGCCGAAGGUUUCGGUAAUCGCCAUUGUUUUCUGGAAAACAUUGCCGAUAAGAAUCUACCGCCAGAAAUAUCGUCCUGUGUAUUUGUCAUCGAACAAGCGUUAUCGGUUCGUGCAUUGCAGGAAAUGGUCACUGCUGAACAGGCUGCAGCCGAAAAUGAAGGCGAAGAAAGUAAAUCAAGUGCAGCCGGUGGACAUCGAACAUUGUUGUAUGGUCAUGCCGUGCUACUUCGCCAUGGUCACUCAAACAUGUAUCUGGCAUGUUUGUCGACCAGUUCGAGCAAGGAUAAAUUAUCGUUCGAUGUUGGUCUUCGCGAAAAUUCACAAGGUGAAGCCUGUUGGUGGACAAUUCAUCCGGCCUCGAAACAACGAUCGGAAGGUGAAAAAGUUCGUGUCGGUGAUGAUUUGAUUCUCGUAUCGGUAGCUACUGAACGAUAUUUACAUACGGCCUUGGAAGGUGAACAAUACAUUGUGAAUGCUUCGUUCCAUCAGACACAUUGGUCAAUUGCACCGUUUGGUACCGGAACUUCGAGAGCAAAAAAUGUAGGAUUUGUUUUUGGCGGAGAAGUGUUGCGUUUCUUUCAUGGCGGUGAUGAAUGUCUCACUGUACCUACAAAUUGGUCCGAUACCAGUGAACAGAACACUGUUGUCUAUGAAGGUGGUGCCGUAUUCAAUCAAGCUCGUAGUCUUUGGCGUCUAGAUCUUGCUCGAACCAAAUGGUCCGGUGGAUUCAUCAUAUGGGGACAUCCUCUACGUAUACAUCAUAUUACUACCGGCAGAUAUUUGGGUAUCAAUGAAAACAAUGAAAUCUGCCUGUUAUCACGUGAAGAAGCCACCAUUGAACGAGCUGCAUUCUGUUUGAAAGCAAACAAAGAGAAAAACAAAGACGAUAAAAGAGAUAUUGAUGAAAAAGAUGAAGAAAUCAUUGGCUCACCACUGAUUAAAUUUGGCGAUACAACUGUCUAUGUUCAACACGUUGAAACUGGAUUGUGGCUUAGCUAUAAAACGUAUGAAACGAAAAAACGUGGAGUCGGUAAAGUGGAAGAGAAACAAGCCAUCAUGUCCGAAGAAGGUAAAAUGGAUGAUGGUCUCGAAUUUUCACGAUCACAGGAAGAAGAAGCAAAAACUGCACGCGUGAUUCGAAAAUGUGAAACGCAAUUCAAUAGUUUCGUACAGAUUCUCAAUUCAUUACAUUCAUCACGAACAACGCAACGUGCACAUCGACUUUCGCGUUCACCAUCACCUGCACCACCUGGAGCACAAGUUCCUCUGCCAACUGCAUCAAACCCGUCAACACCGGCAAAUGCACCAUUGUUUAGUGAUGCUGAUCAGGAAGGAAUGAUCAUGUGCCUGGAAGAUCUCAUUAAUUAUUUUGCCCAACCCGACGAAGAUUGUGAUCACGAAGAAAGACAGAAUCGCCUGAAAGCUUUGCGAAAUCGACAGGAUUUAUUUCAAGAAGAAGGCAUUUUGAAUCUGAUUCUAGAAGCCGUAGACAAAAUGAACAUAAUAACCACACAAGGUCUAUUGACCGCUUUAGUGGGUGAAGAAAGUAGCUCGAACUGGGAUACAAUAACCAAUUACCUUUAUCAACUGCUCGCCGCAAUCAUCAAAGGAAAUCAUACGAAUUGUGCACAUUUUGCUCAAUCACAUCGAUUGGAUUGGCUUUUCUCAUCAUUAUCAUCGCAGCAAGCAAGCGAAGGAACUGGAAUGUUGGAUGUAUUGCAUUGUGUCCUGAUCGAUUCGCCAGAAGCAUUGAAUAUGAUGAAAGAGAAUCACAUCAAGGUGAUUAUUUCAUUGCUUGAGAAACAUGGUCGUGAUCCAAAAGUAUUGGAUGUUCUUUGUUCACUUUGUGUUGGCAAUGGUGUUGCCGUUCGCUCCUCACAGAAUAAUAUCUGUGACAACCUGUUGCCUAGUAAAAAUUUGCUAUUGCAAACCAAACUAAUCGACCGUGUUGCAUCGAUGCGUCCGAAUAUUUAUGUGGGCAAAGUAGAAAAUUCAGCCAUGUAUCGUAAAUGGUAUUUCGAAGUAAUGAUCGAUCAUAUUGAAAUGGUUUCACAUUUGGAGCCACAUUUUCGAGUCGGUUGGGCCAACACUAAUGGCUAUGUUCCAUAUCCAAGUGGUGGUUCCAAAUGGGGUGGAAAUGGAGUUGGCGAUGAUCUUUAUUCAUUCGGUUUUGAUGGAACCUACAUAUGGACAUGUGGACGAGCAAACCUGGUGCGUAAUGUUUCAUCAGAUCAGUGGCCAAUUGUGAAAAACAAUGUUAUCGGUUGUAUUCUCGAUCUUAAUAUACCGCUCAUUACUUUCACUGUGAAUGGUAUACCGAUUCGUGGCUGUUUUAAAAAUUUCAACGCUGAUGGAAUGUUUUAUCCAGUCAUCAGUUUCAGUGCAAAGUAUUCCUGUCGAUUUCUAUUUGGUGGUGAUCAUGGCCGGCUCAAAUUUGGCCCACCACAAGGACAUUCACCAAUCAUUCAGACAUUAUUACCGUUGCAAGAAUUGAAUAUUGAACCAUGCUUUCAAUUUGGUGAUCUAGUCAAAGGGGUUAUCUUUGGACCGAACGUAGAAUUAUUCGAUGAUGCUGCUUUCGUACCGAAACCGGUAGAUACAAAUGAAAUCAGUCUGCCUUCCUAUAUUGAAUCAGUACGUGAUAAAUUGGCCGAAAAUACACAUGAAGUUUGGUCGAUGAAUAAAAUUGAACAGAGUUGGGUGUAUGCCGAAACACGUGAUGAUAUUGCCAAAACUCAUCCUUGUCUCACAUCAUUCGAACGGUUGCCGUUGAAUGAGAAAAAAUAUGACACAACUUUGGCUCUUCAAACAUUGAAAACAAUAAUUGCAAUCGGAUAUCGAAUCACAGUGGAUAAAACUCCAUCGAGAAUCAAAUCGAUUCGUCUACCGAACGAUCCUUAUCUACAAUCGAAUGGUUAUAAACCGGCACCAAUGGAUCUUUCACAAAUUGAGCUCACUGCUAAAAUGAACACAUUGGUCGAUCUUUUGGCAGAAAAUACACACAACGUAUGGGCAAAGGAACGAAUCUCGCAAGGUUGGACAUAUGGUCGCCUAGAAGAUCAUUUGAUGCGUCGUAGUCCACAUUUGGUUCCAUAUAAAUUGGUGGAUGAUGUUAUUAAGAAAGCCAAUCGAGAUACAGCUACAGAAACAGUGAAAACAUUGAUUGCAUAUGGUUAUAAUCUGGAACCACCGAGCGGUGAUGCUGCAGCUGAAUCGGCCAACAUAUUCGGCAAAAAGGAUCAAACCAAAUAUGAUUUCCGAUCUUAUCGGGCAGAGAAAACGUAUGCUGUGACUAAUGGUAAAUGGUAUUAUGAAGUGGAAAUUCUAUCCGAAGGUCCAAUCAAACUUGGGUGGUCACGAACAUCAUUCUCACCGCAUUUCGAACUUGGUGGUGAUGAAAAUUCCUUUGCAUACGAUUGUUUGCAUGCGAAAAAAUGUUUUGCCAACAGUUCAGAAGCAUUUGGCAAACAAGUUCAAAUUGGCGAUGUUGUUGGCUGUAUGCUCGACUUGAAUGAUCGUAUCAUUUCGUUCAGUUUAAAUGGUGAAUUAUUAUUGGAUUCGGUUGGUAGUGAAGCUGCAUUUGCUGAAUUGACCAUACCGACAGAUGCUGGCUACGUUCCAGCAUUCACAUUGGGUGUUUAUCAAAAAAUUCGUCUAAUCUGUGGUCAAGAUGUGAAUCAAUUGAAAUAUUUCACCCAGUGUGGUCUACAAGAAGGUUAUCAGCCAUUCUGCGUGAAUAUGAAUCGUAAUAUGACUUUCUGGUAUAACAAAGAUGAACCCAUCUUUUGCGAUGUGGAUGAUAAUUCCAACAUUGAAGUGACACGAAUACCGGCUGGCAGUGAUUCAAGCCCGGCGCUAAAAUUAUCACAUAAAUUAUUCGAAACACAAGAGAAAGCUAGCUGGGAAUUUGUUCGUCUUUCGUUGCCCGUACAAAUAAAUGAUUUUCUUAUCGAUGAACUGGAAAGAUCAUCCAGAUGGGAGGAAAUCAAGCGUCGAAUUCAACGUAAUCGCAAUGCUGGAUACAUUCAUCCUGCUCGUCUCGAACAACAUAUGCUGAAAUCAGGUUUCUCCAUUUCUGAUGUCAAAGAAUUGAAUCGAGCAUAUUCCGAUACGGGUGAAACGGACGAAGCAAUCGAUUCUAUGAAUCAACAACAACAACAACAACAACAGCAGCAGCAGGCAACUUCAUGGAUGAAACGUAAACAAAGUGCAUUGGUCAAAACAAAAUCAUUUGAAAAUGAGCUAAAAGUUCCCACUGUGCAAGAAGCUCAGGCUAUGAUGGCAAUGACAUCACCGAAAACUCGAUCCACCAGUGUUGAAGCAUUGAAUCGUGCAGCUAAAAGCCAACAACAACAUCUUGAUGGAGUAACGGAUCCAAAAAUUCGUAGUAAAUCACCGUUUCGAUUUUUGAGAAGUAAAAAAGAUGAAAAAGCUGAACAGGAAAAACAACGAAAACGACAGGUUGGACGUGCCCAGGAAAUCGGUACAGGAUUAUUACAGGCUCCCCCCAUAGAUGUUAGUAAUGCAUCGUUUCGUGGAUUACAACCACCUUUUCCGACAAGUACGAUUGGUCGUCGUCGAUCUACUAUUGCAGCUGCUGCUGGUUCUGGUGGUCGACGUGGUUCGAGAGUUAAAAUGGAAACCGAAACAUUGCCCGACGAAACGAAUGAUUUAUUGGACGAAACUGUUCUGGAUUUGGUCGAUGAAUAUUUUUAUGGUCUUCGUAUAUUUCCUGGCCAGGAUCCCAAUCAUGUUUAUGUUGGUUGGGUGACACCAAAUUUCAAACAUUUCGAUAAAACAUUCGAUUCAGCCAUGAUAAAAAAAGUUACACUUCAAGUUUGGAGUGAAACCGGACAACUGUCGGAUUAUUUUGAUCGACAAAAUUGUUACAUGUUGAAUGCAGGCAAAAUGUAUGCCGAAGUUCAUGAGGAUGAAGCACAGCAAGGAUCCCGAUCGAAUCAAGGCAUGUUUAUUGGCUGUCAUGUGGAUACGGCCAGCGGAGUCAUCACAUUUAUGGCCGAUGGUAAAUCGAUCAAACAUAAAUUUCGUAUCGAACCCGGUAUCAAACUAUUUCCGGCCAUCAUAUUCGAAGCAACAUCUAAAGAAUGUCUUCAAUUUGAAUUAGGUCGCACACCGACCACUUUACCAUUGUCAUCGGCAAUAUUGAAAACUAGUAGAAAACAUUUGACACCGCAAUGUCCACCUAGACUUCGUGUGCAAUACUUACAGGCUUAUCAAUGGUCUCGAGUGCCGAAUCAAUCGUUGCGGCCACAUUCAUUGAAACUGUCUGACAUUCGUGGCUGGUCAAUGUUAUGUGAAGAUCCAGUCUCACAAUUGGUGAUUCAUGUGCCUGAAGAAGAUCGUUGUAUCGAUAUUCUAGAAUUGAUUGAAAAUGAAAAAUUUCUUCAAUUUCAUUCACAUACAUUGGCAUUGUAUGGUGCACUCUGUUUUCGUAAUAAUCGUGCUGCACAUAUCAUCUGCGAUCAUGUGGAUGAAAAACAAUUACUCUACGCCAUUCAGUCGGAAUACAUGUCUGGCCCAUUGCGUACUGGAUUCGCUGAUCUUCUUAUCGAUUUACAUCUAGAGAUUCAUGCUAAUGCUCGUAAUUUGACACAGAAUGAAUUCAUUUUGCCAGUUAAUGAUGGCCUUCGACGUCUCUAUUUGGAUGAACGAAUGAUUCAUUCCAUUUCAUCAUUGAAUUGUGUUUCGAUUCGGCCAAAAAUGACAAUGAACGAACGUAAUGAGAAAAACUAUUCAAUUCGUGAUAUGGCCAGUCCAUUCUUUCCAGUCAAUGUGCUCAAACAAUUCGUAAUGGAAGCAUUGGAUGAUGCUGUCAAAAAAGGAAAUCGACCAAAUCGUGAUCCGAUCGGGGGAUCAAAUGAAAAUCUUUUCGUCCCAUUGAUCAAAUUGGCGGAUAAAUUGUUAUUGAUUGGCUGUAUUGACGAUAUGGAUCUUGAACGAAUUUUGAUUCUAAUCGAUCCGGAAACAUUCGAUCCUGAUUACGAUUUCAAUGCGAAUCCGCGAAUGAAAGGUCUGAUACAGAUGAGCUUGGAUGAAGGUGUUCAACUACAGAUGACAUAUAUUCUACAUCAUCUGAUGGAUUUACAACUGAGACAUCGUGUUGAAGCAAUUGUAGCGUUCAGUUCGAGUUAUGUCAAAGAUUUACAGACUGACCAGUUACGUCGUUACAUUGAAAUCAAACAAGAAGAUAUGCCAGCAGCUGUGGCGGCGAAAAAAACCAGAGAAUUUCGUUGUACACCACAAGAACAAAUGCGUACGAUUUUAUCGUUUAAAAAUCAAGAUGAAGAAAACCAGGAACUAUGUCCAACACGAGAUGAACUCAAGGAAUUCUUGAACAAUUUCCAUGAGAAAAUUAUGCAUAAAAUCAACGUUGUUCGACAUGAAGAUGAUUCUGAUUCGGAUUCUGGUAUCGGCGACGUCGGUUCAUCGCGUUCAUGGUCAAGUAAACUGUUCAAUCUGGUCAACAAUGUCAAAUCAUUUGGACAGAAACUUGAAAUGUUUGUCGAGAAAGCGAAAGAACCACCAGAAGAUGUACUGGUGAAAAAGAUUGUCACCACAAUCAUAUCGUGGGCUGAAGAAACCGAAUUAGAAAGAAACGAACUGAUCAGACAAAUGUUUUAUCUGUUACUUCGUUGCUAUAAUGGUAUUGGCACGCUAAUGGAAGCCCUAAGCAACACGUAUGUAAUGAGCGAUCAAUCCAAAAGUGAUGUAGAAGAUCUUCUUCAACAUUUGAACAUUGUCCGAGCUUUGUUGCCCGUACAGAUGGGCCCAGAGGAAGAAGAAGUGAUGAGACAAGCACUGUGGACUAUGGUUAAUAAUCGAAUAUUUUUCCAACAUCCAGAUCUGAUUCGAAUUUUACGCGUCCACGAAAACGUUAUGGAUGUCAUGAUGAAUACGUUGAAGAAACAAAAAUCCGAUGAUCAAACCUCGAAAAGUUCUGAUUCCAUAUCCGAAAUGGUUGUCGCUUGUUGUCGAUUUUUGUGCUUUUUCUGUCGUUCGGGUAAAAAGAAUCAAAAGGCCAUGUUUGAUCAUUUGGAUUUUCUACUAGAACAUUCAAACAUUCUACUAUCACGACCAUCACUUCGUGGUACCACUCCAUUGGAUGUUGCCUAUUCGUCGUUGAUGGAAAAUCCCGAACUUGCAUUGGCUUUGCGUGAAAAUUAUCUGGAAAAGAUUGCCAUUUACCUGUCUAGAUGUGGCUUACAAUCGAAUCAAGAAUUAAUUGACAAAGGAUAUCCAGAUGUUGGAUGGGAUCCAGUCGAAGGUGAACGUUAUCUUGAUUUUUUGCGUUUCUGUGUUUGGGUCAAUGGUGAAUCGGUGGAAGAGAAUGCUAAUCUUGUCAUUCGAUUACUGAUUCGACGACCCGAAUGUCUUGGUCCAGCACUACGUGGUGAAGGACAAGGUUUGAUGGCCGCCAUCAAAGAAGCGAUUGUCAUGUCCGAAAGAAUUUCGAAAGAACGUCAACAUCAGCAACAAAUGUCGAUGCCCGGUAAAGAAAUCGAAGAAGAUGAAGAUUAUAUUGACAUGGGCUCGGCUAUCUUGAAUUUCUAUUGUACGUUGGUCGAUGUUCUUGGUCGUUGUGCACCAGAAGCGGCUACCAUUGCACAGGGCAAGAAUGAAUGUCUUCGUACACGUGCUAUUCUUCGUUCAUUAGUGCCCAUUGAAGACCUUGAAGGUGUUUUAUCAUUGAGAUUUACGUUGACCAAUAAUUCGGAAGGCAAAUCCGAUAUGCCCAACAGUUUGUUGCCGUCACAUAAACAAUCGAUUGUAUUGUUUUUGGAACGUGUGUACGGCAUCGAUACACAAGAAGCGUUCUUUCGAUUGCUAGAGGAAGCUUUCCUGCCGGAUCUUCGUGCUGCAACCAUGUUCGAAACAGGUGAUUCAUCUGGUAGCGAUAGUGAAAUGUCAUUGGCGCUGAAUCGUUACCUGGGAAAUGCUGUGUUACCAUUGUUGAUCAAAUAUCAUUACUACUUUGCCGAUGCUGAUAAUUGGUCCAAUCUAUUGGAUGCUUCUUUACACACCGUAUAUCGAUUAGCUAAAGUGAAAAUCCUGACCAAAGGUCAACGUGAAAUUGUAUCUGAUUUCCUAGUAGCGUUGACCAAAGAAAUGAUGCCUUCAAUGUUGCUGCGAUUACUUCGAAAACUAUGUGUCGAUGUUUCGACCAUUUCAGAAUCGACAACAGUCGCUUAUCGAUUACUGACAUUACACUAUGAACGAUGUGCUCGAUACUAUGGUGCUGGCGGUCAAGGAACCUACGGUACAGCUUCGGAAGAAGAACGUCGUUUAACCAUGGUUUUGUUUUCCAACAUUUUCGAUUCACUAGCCAAAAUGGAAUACGAUCCAGAUUUGUUUGGACAAGCGUUGCCUUGUUUGACGGCCAUCGCUAGUGCUUUACCACCAGAUUAUUCAAUGCCAACAAAUGCCAGUGAAGAUGCUAGUUUCAAAACAGCACGUGCUGAAUUUCCUUAUAUUCCUGAACCGGUCGACAUUUCACACGUAAAUCCACCGCCCGAUCUAAUGAAUUUGGUGCAGAAAUUCUCUGAACAUUAUCAUGACGCUUGGGCAUGUAGAAAAUUUGAUCAUGGAUGGCAAUUCGGUGAACAAUGGGCAUAUAAAAAGACACAUCCACGUCUCAAGCCAUAUCAUAUGCUCAACGAACGAGAAAAGGAAUUGUACCGAGAACCGAUACGAGAUGCAUUGAAAACAUUGAUGGCUUUAGGCUAUACAAUUGAUCGAUCCGAUUCAGGAAGUGGAACAUUGAGUAAACCACCGGUGCGCCACGAAACACAAGCAAUGCAUGCAACAUCCAUACAGGAUUAUAAUCCACAACCAGUGGAUAUGACAAAUUUAACAUUAAAUCGUGAAAUGCAAACAAUGGCCGAAAGAUUGGCCGAAAAUGCUCAUGAUAUUUGGGCGAAAAGUGUCCGUGAACAAAGUCGAAUGAUGGGCGGUGGUAUUAUUCAUCCACAAAUGGUGCCAUACGAUUUGCUUACCGAUCGAGAAAAGAAAAAGAAUCGUGAACGAUCACAGGAAUUGUUGAAAUUCUUGCAAUUUGAAGGCUACAAAGUGUUCAAAAGUAUGGAACGUAAUCGAAUGAAUUCGAUGACUGCGGCCGAAACACCGACGAUUGCAAUUCAACCAAAUGAAUGUCGAUUUGCGUCAUCAUUGUUGGAGAAAUUACUACAAUACAUGGACACUGCUUCAAUCAGUCUACGGCUGUUGAAACCAUCGGCCAAUUUUAGCCGUAGAUCAUCAUUCAAACAAUCAUCACGUGAUGUGAAAUUUUUCAGCAAAGUUGUCCUGCCAUUGACGGAAAAAUAUUUCUCGGCUCAACGAAUGUUUUUCCUGAAUUCAAUCACUUCAGGCAAUGUUCAAACAGCCGCAGCAGGCGUUGCCACUGUACGUGAAAAAGAAUUGGUCGCUAGUCUUUUCUGUAAAUUGGCUGCAUUUGUUCGUUCGAAACUUCCAGUGAUUGGAUCAGAUGUCAAAACAUGUGUCCGAUGUUUACAGGUUUUGAUUCAGGCCACUGAUGCACGAACGAUUGUUAAAUAUUCACCAGAUUUUGUUAAAACUUCGAUGCAAACAUUUUUCAACCAUGCUGCUGAUGAUCUGGCCAAUUGUGUAAUCAAUCUACAGCAGGCAAAAUUUCCAUACAUUCGUGGAACGGCCAUGAAAACAUCAUCCUCAUUGAAUUCAAUCCAAUUGAUGCUGUUGCCCGUACUGACUUCGUUGUUCGAUCAUUUGGCCGUUAAUGAAUUUGGUUCAGAUUUGUUGGUCAAUGAUAUUCAGGUGGCAUGUUAUAAAAUGCUAAAUUCGUUGUACAUUCUUGGCACACGUCAUAAUCAACUGAAUCUGGGUCGUCAAUUUAUUAAAUACGAAAUGAAUCGACAUCGAACAGCCAUCGGUAAUUGUUUGGCAGCUUUUGCCUCGACUUUUCCGGUUGCCUUUUUAGAACCACAUCUGAACAAACAUAACAAAUACUGUAUACACGGUAAAUCAGAAGAACAUUCUCUUGAAGCAUUAGAAGUUUUAUCUGAACUUGGUGCAUCGAUGCCAACAUUGGAUGAACUGAUUGGACAGAUUGAGAAAUUUGUGCAAAAUGGUCGUUAUGCGAAUGAACCACAUGUUGUCGAUGUGAUCAUACCGAUUGUAUGUUCAUAUCUACCAUUCUGGUGGUCACAAGGUCCUGAUAAUGUGAAUGUUACUGGUGAGAAUUAUAUUACCAUGGUGACCACUGAACAUCUGAACAGCAUGUUCAAAACGAUUCUGAAUUUGAUUGGAAACAAUAUCGGUGUUCGUAACGCCAAUUGGAUGACAACAAUUGCCAGCCAUGCUGGGCAGAUCAUCAUCAACUCGUCCGAUACAUUGCUUGCCGAUCCGAUUCUUCCGUUAACAGAAAAGAUUCAUGCUCGAGCUGAAUCAGCCUAUCAUAAUGAAGAUAUGAUGCGUGGUUUUCUUAAAUCCAGUACCGAAGAUACUGCCGAUGCGGAAACACAAAUUCAGGAAGAAUUUGCCAUACUAGCCCGUGACCUGUAUGCAUUGUAUCCAUUGCUCAUCAAAUAUGUGGACAUACAACGUGCUCAUUGGUUGAAACAGAAUAAUCCACAAGCAGAACGUCUUUUCUAUUGUGGUUCGACCAUAUUCAACAUUUGGCUUAAAUCCCAGUUCUUUCGGCGAGAAGAACAGAAUUUCAUUGCAUCCAAUGAUAUCGACAAUAUGGCAUUGAUUAUGCCAUCAUCUGGUCGUGGUGGCCGUCUUAGUUCGAAUGUGAAAGCCGACACUUCUCAGUCAUCUUCAUCGCGAAAAGUGAAAAAGAAACGUGACGGUAAACGUGAUAAGGAUAAAGAAUUGGCCGCUAGUUUAAUUGUUGCCUGUCUCAAACGGUUGCUGCCUGUUGGAUUGAAUUUAUUUGCCGGUCGUGAACAGGAAUUGGUUCAACAUACGAAAGAAAAAUUUCUGAAAAAAUCACCCGAAGGUGAUAUAUUCGAAUAUGUGAAAACACAGCUAACGUUACCAGAUAAAAUUGACCUAAGCGAUGACAUGUCCUGGCAACAUUAUCUUUACAGUAAAUUAGGUUCGAAAAAACCAAAUACAGCUGGCGAUCUGGUUCCAGUGGAUAAGGUUCCGGCGAAAGAAAUGCAGAUUACCGGCGAUCAGCUGGUUGAUCGAAUCAUUGAAAUGGCCAAAGUUUUGUAUGGUCUUCAUAUGAUUGACCAUCCAUCAAGCAAAGAGAAAGGUGUUUGGCGAAGUUGUGUGUCGAGCCAAAGAAAACGAGCUGUCAUCGCAUGUUUUCGCAUGACUUCCUUGCAUUCAUUGCCAAGACAUCGAGCGAUGAACAUAUUUUUGAGAACCUAUUCAGACAUCUGGCUAGAAGUGGAAAAUGUUGGUCAUGAACAAUUGAUAGAAGACACAACUGAAUCAUUUGAAGAAGUGGAAACUAAAAUUUCCGGUGACGAAGAAACAUCGGACAAACAUGAUCCUAUCGCUCAGUUGGCCACAGCAUUCUCUCGUUCGGCCACCACUGAACAUGGUGGUGCAAUGAAAGAAGAUAUGCUUUACAUGGAUUAUGCGUUCAUUUUUGCACAAAGUUGUGGUGGUUCCGAAGAGGAUGACGAAGAAGAAGGCGAAGAUGGUGAAGAAGAUGGCAGUUCGAUCCAUGAACAGGAGAUGGAGAAACAGAAACUGUUGUUCCAACAACAACGACUCGAGAAACGUGGUGUGGCCGAAAUGGUAUUACUAUACAUCAGUGCUUGUCGUGGCAUACCAAGCCCGAUGGCGUUGAAAACAUUGAAAUUAGGCAUCUCGAUCCUGAAAGGUGGUAAUGUCGACAUUCAGAUGCGAAUGUUGAAACAUCUGAAAGAGAAAAAAGAUGUUGGCUUUUUCAUAUCGAUUGCUGGUCUCAUGAAUUCCUGUUCUGUACUCGAUCUGGAUGCUUUCGAACGUACACAAAAAGCCGAAGGUUUAGGUGUUGGAUCGGAAGGCACCACCGGUGAGAAGAAUAUGCAUGAUGCUGAAUUCACCUGUGCACUGUUUCGGUUCAUUCAGCUACUGUGUGAAGGUCAUAAUUUGGAAUUCCAAAACUAUCUACGAACACAGGCCGGCAACACGACCACAGUUAAUGUUGUCAUUGCAACGGUUGAUUAUCUGCUUCGAUUGCAAGAAUCGAUCAUGGAUUUCUAUUGGCAUUAUUCCAGCAAAGAAGUGAUCGAUCAAUCUGGUAUUGAAAAUUUCGGCAAAGCAAUCAAUGUUGCCAAACAAGUAUUCAGUACGUUGACCGAAUCGAUUCAAGGUCCGUGUACGAUGAACCAACAAGCGUUAGCACAUUCACGUCUCUGGGAUGCUGUAGUUGGUUUUAUGUUUUUGUUUGCUCAUAUGCAAAAGAAACUUUCGCAGAAUUCAUCUCAAUUGGAUUUAUUGUUAAUGUUGAUGGAUCUACAGACCGAAAUGGUUAUCCUCAUGCUUUCCAUGUUGGAAGGUAAUGUCAUGAACGGUACGAUUGGCAAACAAAUGGUCGACACUCUGGUCGAAUCGGCUGCCAAUGUGGAAAUGAUUUUGAAAUUUUUCGACAUUUUUUUGAAGCUCAAAGAUUUCACUUCGUCAUCUUCGUUUCAGGACUAUGACAAACGAAACACUGGAUGGAUCCAUGCAAAAGAUUUCAGGAAAGCAUUGCAACAACAAAAGAUUUACAGUGACGAAGAUAUUGCCUUCCUUAUGUCUUGUUGUGAACCAAAUCAUGAUGGUUACCUGGAUUAUCGUGAAUUCACCGAACGAUUCCAUAAUCCAGCCAAGGAUAUUGGCUUCAAUUUGGCUGUAUUGUUGACCAACUUGUCUGAACAUAUGACCAAUGAUCCGAGGCUACAGCGAUUCCUGGAGACGGCCAGUUCAUUGUUGAGUUAUUUCGAGAAUUACCUUGGCCGUAUCGAAAUAAUGGGCAGUUCAAAACGAAUCGAAAGAGUUUAUUUCGAAAUUGCCGAAGAAACCAUUCUACAGUGGGAAAAACCACAGAUCAAAGAAUCGAAACGGGCAUUCUUCUAUUCGAUUGUCACUGAAGGUGGUGACAAAGAGAAACUCGAAGCAUUCAUUAAUUUCUGUGAAGAUGCUAUAUUUGAAAUGCAACAUGCAAGUAGCAUUUCGAUGGAAGAGGAUGAUGAGCCGAAAAAAGCUGAGGAAUAUCCUCAUCCUGGAAGCGAAGAGAAACCAUCAUCAUAUCUGGAUCCUGUCAAGAAUGUUCUGGCAAUCGUUUGGCUAAAAACAUGUGCAUUUUUCAGCUAUUUAAAACCAAGUUUUCUUAAAAAACAAUGGCAAUCAUUGACCGAGAAAACCUGGUUUGAACUGAUAUAUGGAUCGAUCAAAAUGUUGUUGAAAGGAACCUAUCUGAGUAUAUGGUCAAUCUAUUAUGUCAACAAAGUUGUGUUGAAAGUAAUUCUCGAACUUAUGUUGGGCAAAUAUAGUCUCGUCGAAGAAGAAGAGGAACCGAUGGAAAAACCACCAACACUUCAUUAUGCACCAAUGGUCGAUGUACCACGUAUGGCAUUGAUGAGUGCUGACGAUCUGGUCAAUGACAAUGAACGACAUACAUCCGUUGCAGACAUUCAACAAUCCGAUGAAGGCAUCGUCGAAGAUAUUAAAGACGAAACGGGGGCCGAACCAAGCGUAAAGGUAACAUCAUUGGAUGACCAUACAACCAUCACGGAAGUAUCGAUACCAAGCGAUGAACAAUUGGAUCAUCAUUCGGUAGAAUUGCCAUCAUCAUCAUCAUCAUCUUCGAGUAAAUCAUCAUCAUCGACAGUGGCAGAUGAGAAAUCAGAUUCGGAAAAAUCAAAAAAUGCUUUUAAUUUUGGAAAUUUGACCUCGCGAUUCGUGUAUGGUUUAGCACGAAAUCUUUAUACAAUCAAAAAGAUUGCCUUAGCCAUGGCUUUUGUCAUCAAUCUAAUGUUAUUGUUCUACAAAGUUAGCAGUUAUAUUCCGGCAAGUGAUGAGAUAGCAGCCAUAAGUGGCGAAGAUGUUCUUGGAUCAGGCGAACAAAUGUCAACCAGUGGUGGUAGCGAUGGGGGAGAAAGCGGAAGCAGUGAAGAUGAUGAUGUGAUUGAAUUCAUCAAGAUUGAAGAAAGUUGGUACUAUCUGGAGCCAUUAUUGAAAGGAUUGGCUAUGCUACAUUCAUUGUUAUCGUUCUUUAUGCUGAUUGCAUAUUAUAAUCUCAAAGUUCCAUUGAUCAUUUUCAAACGAGAAAAAGAGAUUGCUCGUAAUCUUGAAUUCGAAGGUCUAUACAUCACCGAACAAGCAGAAGAUAAUUAUCGUGCAUAUUGGGAUAAAUUGGUCAUUUCGACCAGUUCGUUCCCAGUUAAUUAUUGGGACAAAUUUGUCAAGAAACGAGUGCUGGCCAAAUAUGCCGAACAAUAUGAUUAUGAUGCAUUGAGCAAACUGAUGGGCAUUUCCAAAGGCUCAAAUAUGGAUGAACCUCAGAAUAGUGGUUUGCUAUCGUUCAUAACAAAUUGUGAUUGGCAAUAUCAGAUCUGGAAGGUUGGCGUCACGUUCAUGGACAAUGUAUUCCUUUAUAAUCUUGGCUAUUUCAUUCUUUCGUUGAUGGGCAAUUUUAGUUACUUUUUCUUCGCUGCUCAUCUUCUCGAUAUAGCCGUCGUUAUUCCAACAUUGAAAACAAUUCUACAAUCGGUCACUCAUAAUGGCAAACAAUUAGUGUUGACCGUAAUGUUAUUGAUUAUUGUCGUCUACAUUUACACAGUGAUUGCCUUUAAUUUUUUCCGUAAAUUCUAUGUUCAAGAAGAGGAUGAUCAAGUGGAUCGAAAAUGUCACAACAUGCUAACGUGUUUUGUGUUCCAUCUUUAUAAAGGUGUACGUGCUGGUGGUGGCAUUGGCGAUGAAAUUGAACCACCCGAUGGUGAUGAAUACGAAGUGUAUCGUAUCAUAUUUGACAUUACUUUUUUCUUUUUUGUCAUCAUCAUAUUAUUGGCCAUUCUACAGGGUCUUAUCAUUGAUGCUUUCGGUGAACUUCGUGAUCAAUUACAAUCGGUUUCGGAUGACAUGGAAUCCAAUUGUUUCAUUUGUGGCAUAGGCAAAGAUUAUUUCGACACAGUGCCGCAUGGUUUCGAUACUCAUGUGGCAAAAGAACAUAACCUGGCCAAUUAUAUGUUCUUUUUGAUGCAUUUAAUCAAUAAACCGGAUACUGAUUAUACCGGACAAGAGACUUAUGUUUGGGAAUUGUAUCAGAAACGUACUUGGGACUUUUUCCCAGUCGGUGAAUGUUUCCGUAAACAGGAAGAAGAACUUAGUGCUGGCGGUGGUAAAGACAAAGACUAAUGUGUUUAUAUAUAAUCUGCUCUUGAAUUUGAUUAUUGUCCGAAUAAAAAAUAAUGUUUCAAAUCAUUGACACUAGA